AUGAAUCGGCGCGUCCCUCGGCGGCCCCCGCGCCUACUCGUGCGGCGUGACGCUCCCUCGAGGCAGGACGAGGCGCUUCGCUGUCGCCGCGACAGCCUCAGCCCGGACCGCCGCCGCCCCCCGCUUCCCUGGCGGCUACCCGGUGCCCAUGUGCUCCGGCCGGAGUCCGCGUGUCGCCGCCCCCGGGCGGCCCUGCCCUCCGUGCUCGCAGCCUUCCCUCCAUCCGUCUGCUCGUCCUCCCGUGCGCGGCGUGGUCCGCCGACCUGCCCGCGGCCCCCAGAGAGCCAGGCGCCGUCCCGGGCUCGGGGCGAGGAGCUGCCGUCGACGGAGGGGAGCCGGUGCUUACCCAGCGGCGCGUCGUCUCCUCGUUGCCCGACGCCGCGCGCCCCGCUGGUGACAGACGCCUCGCGGCCCAGCCCGCAGCUCCGGCCGGAUCCCCGCGGCUCCGGCUUCCCCGUCGCGGCGGUGUCCCCACUCUCCCCGCCGCCCGCCCUCCCGAGUUCGCGGACGCCCCUGCCGCUUCCUGCUCCCUGGCCCGCGGCGCUGCGCCGAGUUCUGUCCGGUCGCCGCUGUGUCCCCAGCCCGCGAGCGCGCGUGAGAGGCGCUCGGUCAAUAGGCGAAGCGCCGGGCCCCGCUGAUGGCGCCGCCCUCGCCGGCGCUCGCGCGAGGCCGUGGCGUCCGAGCCCCCGCUCCGCGUGUGCGCCUGGCGAGCGCCCGCUGCGCGUCCUCCGCCGCUGCUCCACGGCAGCCUCGCUUCGGGCGGCCCCGCGCUUGCUGGCCGGCCUGCCGCAGGCGCCGGUGGCAGUCGGCGCGGCGCCGGGGGCGAGCUCAGCUGGGCGGGGGGAGGCGCGCUCCGCGAGGACAGCGCGAGGCCGGCGCGCGGGCGCUGGUUUGCCUGCAAGGUGCUCGGCUGGUCCUGGGGACCCUACCCGGCUCGGACCCGAAGGGGGUUUUCCAGGCGCCGCCCCGCUCCUAGCCCGUGUCCCGAGAGUGACCCUUUGUGAGCUGGAGGGCCCGUCGCGACGACUGGGAUCGUGCUGGGCAGCAGCCUUCUGCGAAAUGCCUGGCGGUCUGCACUAAGAGAAAGCUUAGAUUCCAUUCCUGGGCUGCUGACUCGCAGGUGACCUCAGACAGGCCAGCUGCCCCCUGGAGCCUGUUUCUGCAGAUGUGAACCCUUUUGAGAGCAGUGCUGAGCAUGGAGGGAAGUCACUGUGAAAAUGCAGUAAUAUCCUGACAUCAGUCACUCAGGGCUUGGGGAAAGUCAGUUGAAUAUUGGCAUUUUUGCGUCUCUCCUACGGUCUUCACUUAGUGUGUCUGUAGAAGUCUGAGUGGUGUGUGAGUUGAAAAAACAGCUGUGCUUUGAAAAGCUUGCUGCUAAGCGUGAAUCUCAGUACACGCGGAAGAGGCGGCCUCAUCCUUGGAGUCAGCAUCCGUGGGCAGCGGCCACUUCUAGCUAUCGUGUCCAUGUGGGCUAUGACUCUGUUCCUCGAGAGAGCCAUCUCAGAGUGGGCUGGCUGUGUCUCAGCUUUCCACCGAAAGGACUCUGUUGUAGAGACUGGUACUCCCAGCCCCCUGGGAGCUUCCGCUCAAAGGUUUCCAGCCGCGUGGGUCUCUAAGGAAGGUAACUUCCAGGUUCCGUUGACCCUGGCUCUUUCAGGAAUGGAGUUCCUGGUGUCUUCUAGAACAUUGGACUGGAAGUCAAUAAGUUUUUUAACUUUACCUUUGAGGCACGUCGUUUAAUUUCUGUGCCUCAGUUUCUCCCCUAAAUACUUAGCUCGGAUUUAUUCGUUGUGCAGAUGAGCGAGAGACAACGUAGCACUUCGUUUGUUCCUUAAAAUACAGGUAGAGGUGUUACCCUGAGGCUUUGGAUUGCAGAGCACAGUUCCGGUCGUGUGUGUUGUGUCUUGAGAAUCACCUGUUGAAACCUUCAGGUCUGCAUUUGAGGUGAAGUCUCUCCUUGAUCCCUGGGUCGGUUCCCAGUGAGCUCUCUCUUCGCUGACUCUUUUCUAUGUCAUAUGGUUAUAUUCCUUUGUAGCGUCCGAUUGUUAGCAUCCUGCUGUUUGCUACUUUCUACUUUUUUGCUGAUUGUGUGAUGUGUGUUUAAUGUCCUUUGUCAUUCCCAACACUAAGCUUCUGAGCAUCGUGAAGGUCUUUGAUUUAUUUGUGUCCCCAUCAUUCUUUGAUCAUAAAUGUGUAGGAAUUGAGGAAGCAGUAACACUCAUUUCCACAAUGAUUCCCUUCCUGAUGAACGACCAUUUUCUCCUUUAUUCGUCCUUCUCUUGGCACUUCUGUAUAUAGUAUUUGUUUUCCGUAAUUUUUCUGUUCCAAUUAGAGUACAAGUGUGAAAGGGCCUCGUGGUGUUCUGCUUUGAUGCUUGUUCAUCGCACGUCUUUUUGAGCCUCUCCUAUGUUCCAUCCAGCGUGUUAAGGAGCAGUAGAGAACUGUGGACAAUUCUGCUUGGAAGGUCGGCUCUGAGAGAACUG